UAACCAUCCCUUGACAAAUGACCGAUCCAUCGAUGAUGUUUUCAUCCAGGCAGAGAGACCAUUUUCGGAUUGCUCCGAGAAAUCUCAAAGAAAAGCGACUUCAAAAUAAAGAGACACUCAAGAGAUUGCAUGUAGAAGAGCCGACUCGCAUGUACCUAUACUUAUUAUCAUGUUUAUUAUCGGGUCUUAUGCCGCGUGACAGGUUGCCGGUCGCGAACGUAGGCGUGAUGACGUUCUCCGAUGAUUAGCCGAGAGGCAUCCACGGUGAGAUUGCACCGGCUGCAGCUGCGGCGAGUACUGAGCAUGAAUAUGUGCGCGUUGAUUGACAAUUCCUCCUCGUGGUUAGGAGUUGACGUAUAGUGGGCACGCGCUCGGACGCGAUGGGUGCCCCGUCCGGAUAGUCAGUGUCACUUCCGCUUACCAAAUCGCUGUCAGUAUUUACUGUGUCCGCCGGCUUAUCGUCCAGUCCACGACGCCUGGUAUAGAACGUUCUCCGAACGAGAAACGAAAGAACGCAUUCCUCUCCGAUGUUGCGCGGCCGUCUUCAAGAUGCAGCGGAGGAAAAUUCGUUGGAUUAUUCAGAUACCAGAAGAAUCGCAGCAUAUUGAGACUGUCGAGCAACAAAUUUUAAGUACGAAAGAUGAGCGAGAAGACGUGCAGAAAAAGACGUUCGCCAAAUGGAUAAAUUCGCAGCUUCUCAAGAAUCAUCACGAGCCGAUCAAUGAUCUGUUCAUCGAUUUACGAGAUGGAAAUCGCUUGCUGUCACUUCUGGAAGUGCUCACUUCCAAGACUUAUAAAAGAGAACGCGGCCGGAUGCGAGUGCAUCAUCUCAAUAAUGUUAAUAAAGCAUUACAAAUUCUUGAACAGAAUAACGUGAAACUUGUUAAUAUUAGUAGUAAUGAUAUUGUUGAUGGUAAUCCUAAAUUGACACUUGGUUUGGUAUGGAGUAUUAUUCUUCAUUGGCAAGUACAUUAUCACUUGAAAGAUCUAAUGACAGAAUUACAACAGACCAAUUUAGAAAAGACACUUCUUGCUUGGUGUCGUCAAAACUCACAGAAUUAUCCUGGUGUUGAUAUUAAAAAUUUUACAACAUCUUGGUCGGACGGUUUAGCAUUUAACGCAAUUUUACAUAAAUGGAAAUCUCAUUUGUUUGAUUUUAAUAAUAUCGCGCGUAAACAUCCAAAUGCUAGAUUGGAUCAUGCUUUUCGGCUCGCACAAGAACAUCUUGGUAUCGAACGUCUUUUGGAUCCUGAAGAUGUCAAUACUUCAGUACCGGAUAAAAAAUCCAUAAUGAUGUACGUUAUGUGUCUCUUUCAAUCGUUGCCACAUUCCGGAGACGACAUAGGUGAGCUAGAUCUUUCAAUCGCAAGUGACAGUACGCCAGUUAGUCCCGUUACAACACCAGGAACAGAAAGUACUUUAACGUUCGCAAAUUUUGGAAUGCCAGCAUCUCGCCCAAUGAGUUUAGCUACAAAUGUUUCCGUCGAGCUUGGCGGCUAUCAGGUUGCACUUGAGGAUGUUUUAACGUGGCUUUUGGAAGCAGAGGAUAAAUUGAAUCAUGCCCCCGAGCCGGGCUCGACUCUAGACAUAUUAAAACAACAAUUCCACGAGCAUGAAACCUUCUUGAUGGAACUAUCCGGUCAUCAAGAUGGAGUAGGAACUGUUCUAGAGGAAGGUGCAAGAUUGUUAGCUGAAGGCGGAUUGCAUAAAGAUGAAGAGCACGAGGUUCGUGUGCAGAUGUCUUUAUUAAAUUCUCGUUGGGAAGGUCUUCGAAUGCGCGCCAUGGAAAGGCAAACAAGAAUUCAUGAAGUCCUGAUGCAAAUGCAACAGGCUCAGCUAGAUGCGUUACGACAAUGGCUAACAAAAACGGAAGAUCGAAUUUCGUUGAUGGCAGCAACCGAAUUAAAUCCAUCGACUUUCGAGGAACAAUUGAAACAUCUCAACGAACUAGAACAAGAUAUUCAUGCGCAACAAGACGUAGUUGACAGUAUGAGGAAUAUGGUAGUAGUCGUAGAUGAAGAAAAUUCCGAGGCGGUUUAUGCACAAAUGGAAGAUCAGUUGUCUGCUCUCGGUGAACGUUGGAGUCAUAUCGGUCAAUGGAAAGAGGAACGACAUCAGCGAUUGGAAUCUUUAUCUGCACUUUGGCAGAGUAUUACUGAUGAUUAUAAAAGACUAGUAGCAUGGUUGAACGAAACGGAAAUUACAUUAAAGCAAAUGGAAGCCAAUCCAGCAUCUGAAUUUGGCGAAGUAUUAGAUAGAAUAAAGAAAUUGCAAAUCCUUAAGGCAGAAAUGGAUAUCAAUCAGAAAAAAUUAACUUCUCUACAAGAAUCAAUUCAGGAUUUAGAUGGCAACAGUUCGUCUUCAGAAUACGCGAAUAUUUUGGAAAAGAUCGAAAACCUGCAGGAUAGAUGGGAAGCUGUUGGACAAAUCAUGGAAGUUCAAUCCCAAAGGAUAACAAAUUCUGGAUUUGAAUUUGACUUAAUGUCUGAAGAGAAUGUAACAACUAUUAAAGGAAAUGAAUGGAUGUCUGAAACAGUAACAAGUAUAGCAUAUAAAGAAGAAAUUACUGCAACAUCAACGCCAUAUAGUGAUUCAAAGAAACGGCGUGUUGAUAAUACUACUAAACAUGAGUUUGAAUCGGCAUUACUUCAUCUAUAUAAAUGGUUAGAUUAUGUCGACUUAGAAAUUGGUCGAUCGGAAGGAGUAUUUGAUGAAUUAAGCGUGGAAGAGAAGAAAGUUGUUUAUGAAGAUACUCUUGUAGACGUGGACUCGCAUAAAAAUGAAUAUGAUAAAGUUCUUGAAAUUGGUAAACAAUUAAUAGAUGAAUUAAAAAAUGCAAACGAAUCCACCGAAGAAGAAGAAUCCAAGAUUAAGGACAUACAAAAUUGUUGGGUAGCGACAAAUAAUCGUCUUCAAGAGAUAAAAAGACGUAUAGAUUAUCUGGAAGAAAUAAAAAAAUUCCGGACUGAAUUAGCCAAUCUAAAUUUGAUGUUAGAAAGUUAUACCAAGUGGUUCGAGGCAAAUAAAGAAAAUAAUCAGAUAGAACCAUUUAGGGUAAACUAG